AUGAUGCCCGACAACGGCAUAGCUCCCGCUGCGUCGGCAGCCCCGUCUUCGGCCACAGCAAGGGCGCGAGCUUCAUGCUCGCGAUGCCACAAGAGGAAGAAGAGAUGCGACAGAGCGUUGCCGUCAUGCAAGAAUUGCGUCUCGGCGCGAGUGGGGUGUAGCUUCGAGGACGAUGAUCUUCAGACAGCUUCGUAUCCCAUAGUGUAUGUCCAGGGCCUGGAAGAAAAGCUUCGCCGUCUUGGGAGGGCUAUGGCUGCCAAAGAACAGAAUACGCCCCAAGUCGCACAGGCUACGCCGAUCUUGAACAAUAAUCACCUCUAUGAUGGCUUUGAAAUGCCAGAAAUAACAAUGGUGGACCAGAGAUGCAGCCCCCAAGGCGUUGAGGGAAGCCCAUUAGGAAACGCAUCCACCCUUGCCGGAAACGCUGCAGGUCUGAUACAAGGCCUUCUUGUGACCCCACGGCCCACACCAGACCAGACCUCAACCUUUGGCCAGCAACUCACAGCACUCUCGCUGGAGGCUACUGCUGAACGACACUUGGGAUCGACCACAGGACUCUCAUUCGCGAACCUGACCCAGAUGAUUCUACGCCGUUUGGCGCCAGACAAGGCGGACUUUGUAUUUAAUAACCAUCAGGAUGACACCACGAGAAUUAAUCUCUUGGACCUCGGCUCUCCUUCAGACCCCUUCAACGAGUCUUUCUUCCAAAGCUUGAAUGAGUCUAUCUCCCCCUACUCGCUACUGUUUGGUGACCUACUCUUCACCGACUUUGCUGGGUCCGGUGCCGCGCUUGACUCUCUGGCCUGGCCAAGUGACGAAACACAUGUGCGGCGGCUGGUGGACUUUUAUUUUUCUCACUCCCAUACUCUCUAUCCCAUCUUGGACCGGUCCGAGGUCAUGGACACUAUUGAAAAGAUCCAUCAGAAUCCUCAGAACUUGGCCACACAAACUCCCCUCCACGCCUUCAGAAUCUGGAUGGUCCUGGCCAUCGGUUCUACCGCUUACUCUUCCGUCACUCUUACCGAGGAAUCGGAAUCAAUGCUGUUUUACAAUAAGGCCUUGCAGUAUUCUGAGCAGGCCUUGGGAGGUGACGAGAUGUCUACCCUGGAAGCCAUAACGCUCCAGGUUUCUUAUUCCUUUUUCAAUCAACUAGGUCCUAAUACCUGGUUCCUUGUUGGCACAGCUGCCCGUCUGGCCUUGGGUAUGGGGCUUCAUGCCGCCUCGUCAUAUCGCAAAUUUCCUCUUAAUGUGCAACAAAGGCGCAAACGAAUUUUUUUUUCAAUAUACAUGAUGGAUCGUGUUGUUUCCAUUACUUUAGGCCGACCGUUCGCACUUCAUGACGACGAUAUAGAUGUAACGCCCUUUGAAGAUGCCGAUGAAGAAUUUAUACACGCCGACUGCAUAAGCCCCCAAAGCCCCCUCCAGCCAUCACUGAUGGCCGUUCCACUACACAUUCUAUCACUGCGGAGAAUUGCAGGCAAAAUUUCGCGACAAGUCUACGGAAACGUCAAGGAUACAACCUUGACUUUACAAGAGCGUGAGGCAAUACUAGCUUCAUUACACCAAGAGCUUCUCGACUGGCGUCGGAGCAUGCCCUUCCCACUCCCCGACAUCAAUGACAGUGUGCCACAUCUCAACACAACUUGGUAUGACUUCAACUACUAUACCCACCUCGCGAUGAUCUACCGACCAUCCCCGCUAUGUCCGGUUUCCGACUUGAAGCGGAUAAAAAUGCUGGAGAUGGCAGCGUCAAUGUCACUCCGCCAAGCAUUCAGCAUGCAUCAGCAACAACGAUUUGCCUACAACUGGUUGAAUUUUCUCGCUCUCUUCACGGCAACGUUGUCAUUAGUCUAUGCGAUAACGGCUCAGCCUGAUGACUUAAGCACCGUAUUGAGAAACACACGAGCUAUCGCCGACCUCGAGCUCGCGACACAGCUUUUCGAGACACUUGGAUUCAAGUUUUUGGCGGCUAAGGAGAUCCAGGACAUGAUUGCAAAGAUAUCCCGGCGAUAUAAAGAGGUUCGCGCCUUGAAGGAUACGGAGCCUAAUGUGGCUUAUUGA